AACACAUUGGAAAAACAAGUUCGACGUGGAUAUAUAAGACUGAAGCUUUGAAAGCCAUUUGUAUUGUACGAAAUAAUGCACAGUAGUAGUGUUCUAGUGUUGGUGCUGUUAGGCGCGGCGUGGGUUAACGCUCAAAUACUCAGCAAGCUCACGUUGUGCUCGCAAUCGGAUCCCAAAUUUAAAGAAUGCCUUAAGGACGCGAUUCCCAAGGGAUUGGCCUUGCUGGGUGCAGGUGUUCCCGAACUUAACAUUCCACCGAUCGAUCCGAUGAAGAUGGAUAAGUGGGAAGUCACCGCCGAGGGCCCUCUGACGUUUCCACAAACUUACACCAACAUCGACAUUCACGGUCACACCAAGGGAAAGGUUAAAGAUCUCGACAUAACUUUGACAGACACCGACUUCUUCCUCAGCAUUGACCUGGUGUGCGACGAGGUCGACUACCAAGCCGACUACGUCUACGAAAACGCAAUUCUCGAUGGAGUAGAUUACAGCAGCAAGGGCAAGACGAGCACCAUGGCAUUUAAUUACGAUUCCCGAAACAACUUCACCGGAACGAUCAUCAAGAAAGAUGGCGAAAACUACAUUUCCAUCACCAAAGUCGACGUCGAAUCGCUCGGUGUUGACGAUAUGAAAUUCAAAAUCGACUCCGAUGACCCGGAGGUGGGAAAGAAGAUGGCCAAACUGUUCAACGAAAAAUGGAGGGAUAUGAUUAAGGAAACGAAGCCGAAGUAUACGAAGAUUUACGCAGAAAUUUACAAGAACGAAGCGAACGCUUUCUUCUCCAAAUUUCCAGUAAAUCAGAUCUUCCCAAAGUAGUCUCCACGUAAAAAGGUGUUAGUAGGUAAUGCAAACUCCAUCUGAAAAUGAAACUAACGUAGCGACAAGUUAUUGUACACAGGCUUUCUUUUUAAAUAAAUGGACUAACCUGGA